AUGCCUUGCGGUGUCCCAGUUCUUCCAAGGCGAUGUAGCUCUUUACCAGCAGGAGUAAUGAAACAGGGAGAGGAGAGGCAGGAGAGAGAGGAGCGUUUUCCGCAGCUGAGCCCCAAGACCGCAGAGGACAAACACAAACUUUCAGGCAGCGGUCUGGAACGUCAGAUCUCUGUUUUCAUCUGGAUUCAUCCACGGCCUUCUUCUGUUUGUAAAACGUGAUUUUUUCCCCCCCCUCUCCUUCCUAUUUUGUCGCAUUUCCUUGGAAGUGAUUUAUUGGGCAAUGGUGAAACGAGACACAUUUUGCGGAAUCCGCUCUUUUACCUGUGUUUUCUCCUCAAACUUCCCCUCGGAGAGGGAGAACUGAGCUGGAUCUGCUUUGUAUCUUGAAGUACAUUAGAAAGAGGGAUUUCCUGCGAACUGCCAUCAUUCCAGCCUUGAAUAAUGUUGGGGGCCACACACCAUAACGGCCCCGCUCACUUCUGACCCCAAAAUGGAGCUGAAGGUCUGGGUGGAUGGCGUCCAGAGGGUUGUGUGCGGGGUCACAGAAGCAACCACCUGCCAGGAAGUGGUGAUUGCUCUGGCCCAGGCUAUAGGUCGCACUGGGAGGUACACUUUAGUUGAGAAAUGGCGGGACACAGAGCGCCACUUAGCCCCUCAUGAGAGCCCAGUGGCCUCUCUGAACACCUGGGGUCAGUACGCUGGCGACGUUCAGCUAAUACUUCAUCGCACGGGCCCCUCGCUCACCGAACGCCCCCCGUCAGAAGGCCCCCCACUUAGGGGUCCUGAACGCGGCCUCCAUCGUCAGAGCCUACCUCCUCUUGCAAAGCUCCGUCACCCCAACGAUGGCUCUCUUCACCGCCGUGAACCACGCCGGAAGUCUCUGACCUUCACCGGUGCGCCUCGGAGCCUGAGGGAGAUCCUGAGCGGAGGCCGGAUCGGGGAUGCCGAGGGGAAGCGGAGGCUCCUUCUGGGAAACGGGGGGAUUCACCACCAUGCGGGGCCUGCCUUUGGCACGGCUCCCCCGGGCCUGUGGACCUGUCGCAUGGAAGAUUUGGUCAGACUGGUCAGCCUGCAAAGAGAGACUCUGACCGUGCUGGAGAAGAAGCUGGAGGCGUACGAGGCCGAGCUCCAGGACUGGUCCGAGGGCCGAGGGGGGCGAGGGGCUGGGUGCGCUGCAGAUCUGGGUAGAGGUGGAGGGCUGUUGGAGGAGAUCCUGAGGCUUGAGAAGCACCUUAGGAAGAAUGAGGUGGAAAUGGAAGAGGAGGAGUUUUGGGCCACUGAGCUGCAGAUUGAGAUAGAGAGCGAGAGGCAGCUGGAGGAAAGACUGCAGGAGCUGCGCGGACGACUGCAGGGCUGCGAGAUGGAAAUUAAAGAAAAGCUCACAAUGUUAAAGGGGGUAGAAGCAGGUCUUGAGGAGGAGAAGCUGCAGAGAGAGCGCCAGGAGACCCAAUGGGUCAGUGAAGCUGAGGCGCGGGCUCAAGUCCUCCGGGUCAAGGCGGAGUUGAAGGCCCAAGAGAGACAGGCCAUCCAGCUGGAGAGCAGCUGCAGGGCUGUGGACAGAUCACUUGGACAAAGCAGUAAGAAACUACAGGACAUGCAGCAGGAGCUGGAGCAGCUGACCAAGGAGCUGCGGCAGGUGAACCUGCAGCAGUUCAUCCAGCAGACUGGAACCAAGGUCACAGUGCUGCCCGCUGAACCAACGGAGGAGGACUGUGCAAACAGCAGCUCUGGUUCAGAUUUGGCGGUGCUGACUGGCUCGCUGAAGCGUCCUGUGUCCACCCAGCCUUUGUCCAGCCACCUCCGCAUCCUCGCCAACCCUCUUAGCUCUGGCCUGAACCCAGAGGGGAUCUACGUCUGACCCUAAGCAGGACAUCUCUCAAGACUAUGCAUUCUUUGUUUUUAAUCCUACAGUGUGAAGUGUAAAGAUACGGUAAACAUACAAUCUCUGAAUGGAAAUAAUCGAGCGCUUAGUGGAAGAAAACACCAAUUGGCAGGUAUGGUCAGGAAAAAAAACACUGCACCCUUUCGACUGGUGCAUCCAUGUUUUCCAUUUCUCUCUGAAACAUCUGGCUGUUGUGGACCUUCUCCAUCAGCAUAUCCACUUAUUGUACUUUCACUUUACUACCUGCUGAAUGAUUUAUAUUCAUCUUUUUGCCUUUUAGAAAGCGACCAUGAGAAUCUUUGUAUAUGUACGUUUCUCUCUCCAGCAAAAUGUCUGGUUCUUAUUGAAGUGAAGGAUCCACUUGUUUGUAGUAGAGCUGUGAACAAUCCCUCCCUGUGCUCUGUUGGUUCAAGUUAAAACUAUGCACAAAUGGUUCAUAUUUUUGUUACUGAAUGUUCUUGUGUGUACUUACCAAAAUGAAGGCUUACUGUAGAUGUUUGUACUCUUUAGCUUUAUUCAGUGAGUGCAUUUUAUUCUGAAGUUGUGCAUUCCUGCAGUAAUGGCUGCAUAUUAAACCAGUGUUAAUUCUCCUUUUUAGCUGUAUUUUUUUGUUGUUCGACGAUAACAAC